UCGGCCAGGCGGCGGCAGCGCGCGCGCCGGGGACACGAACGGGACCGGCAGCGACACCGGCACCGGGACAGGGACCGGCACCGGGACCAGCACCGGGACCGGCACCGGGACCGGCACCGGGACCAGCCCCGGGGCCGCCCCGGCUCCGCUGCAGCGCCGGGAGCGCGCGGAGCUGCCGAGGAGGAAGCGCCGCUGCCCAGCCCCAAACCCAGCGGAGGAGGCGAAAAUGGGCCGGAAAAAAAUCCAGAUCAGCCGGAUUUUGGACCAGCGGAACCGCCAGGUGACCUUCACCAAGCGGAAAUUCGGGCUGAUGAAGAAGGCGUACGAGCUGAGCGUGCUGUGCGACUGCGAGAUCGCCCUGAUCAUCUUCAACAGCACCAACCGCCUGUUCCAGUACGCCAGCACCGACAUGGACAAGACGCUGAAGCGCAAAGGGCUGGGGCUGGAGAGCCACGAGCUGGAGCUGGAGGAGGGGCCGGAGCCGCCCGGGGACAAGGGCAGGAGGCUCGGGGAGGGCGUGGAUCUGUCGCUGGCGCGGCCCAGGUUUUAUAGCCCGGUGCCACUGCCCGAGGCCGCCUACGGCAGCUCGCCCCCGGGCCCCGAGGGCUCCCUGGGCAGCGGCAGCAGCUCCCCGCAGGCCCAGGGCCGCUCCCCCGCCUUCAGAGCCGCGGCCCCAAAGCCACCGGGACGGUCCCCAGGGCCGCUGCCCCCAGGGCUCAGCUACCCCCUGUUCCCUGCCGCCAGCCUGAGCCGCGCCCUGGCCACCAAGACGCCACCGCCGCUGUUCCUGGGGGCCGAGGGCCGGCGUGGCGAGUGCCAGGGCAGCGUGGCGAGCGGCCGCAGCGGCGCCGGCGCAGCGCGGCCGCUGUACCCCGCCCUGCAGACCCUGAGCCCCGGCAGCUCCGGCCUCCCGAGCCACGGCCUCGCCGGCUUCCCCUUCCUCAGCCCGGCCCAGGCGGAUUUUGGGGCUGGCGAGGUCCCGACGCCCCCCGGGUUCCUGCAGCCCCCCCCGGCGUGGCAGCACCCCCGGGACAUGGCAGCGCUGGGGGCCAGCAGCCGGAUCGUCCCCGCGGAGGAGCCAGCCGCUGUCCCCGGCGCGUCCCCGCAGCGCCAGGCCAUCAGCAUCAAGUCGGAGCGGGUGUCGCCGGGGCUGGGCUGUCCCCCGGGCCCCCCCCAGCCCCCCCUGGCCAGCCUGGCGUCCCUCAGCGAAGCCUCCCGAGCCCCCGGCGACCUCCAGCCCCGCGAUGACUUCGCCAAGGGCUUCCCCCCGUACGCGCCGGGGCCGCCGCGGCCGCUGCACGACGAGCAGAGGGUCCCUGUCCCCACUGUCCCCACUGUCCCCACUGUCCCCACGAGGAGGGGACAGCCCGUGGACGUUUGGCAGAGAUAGCGAGGCCGGCGGGGUGCGGGGAGGGGGAAAGCCCGGCUCGGGCGAGCGGCCCCCGCUUCUCCCCCAUCUCAGCCCCUCGGGAAGCCCCCCCGUGCCCCCCGGUGCCACCGGGCUCCCUGCAGGGUCACUGUCCCCCGCGCUGGGGCUGCAGCUCCUUGAGACCCCCCCCACCCUCCCCGGAGCCCCCAAAUGCCACCGAGUCCCCUCCUUUGGCUGUGCCCGCCGCCCCCCGCGCUGCCGGGAGCCCGGCGGGUGGCGGUGUCCUGUCCGGUGGCGGGGGGCACUGUCCCCUCCCGGCCCGCGGUGUCCUGUCCGGUGGCGGGGGGCACUGUCCCCUCCCGGCCCGCGGUGUCCUGUCCGGUGGCGGGGGGCACUGUCGCCACCUGUCCCCGCGCCUGUCCCCGCGCCAGCAGCGUGUCCCCAGCGUGUCCCCAGCGAGCGGGAGUGGCCGGGAAGUGCCACGCGGUGGCAGCAGGACAGAGAGCAGCGGCAGUAGCUCCGACCCUGCGGCCCCGGCCCAAUUCCGCGGCCAGGGGGACGGGGACAGGGGACGGGGGACAGGGAACAGGGGACAGGGGACUGGGACACGCUGUGCCCCCAGGCCGGGGCUCUUUUCUAUUUAUUAUCUUCGCACCAAUAAAGCGCUGGGGGGCUCGGGGUGUCUGCUGUGAGGUUUUUGGGCUCAGGCCGCCCCGCUUUGGGGUGGCGCAGCGUUGAUGUCCCCACGGCAGAGGUGGCACGUGCUCGCACCCCCUCGAUCCCAGCGUCGCUGUCCCCCCCCCCCGUGUCCCCCAGGCUCAGAGCCACCUCUCGGGGGUCACCGAGCAGCGGGGUGGGGGACAGCCGGGCCACCCCUGGUCUGCUCGGCUCGUUGGGGCUCAGCCGUGCUGCCCCCUCCCCUCGGCGACCCCAAAAAAGCCUCGCGGGGGUCCCCGAGCGGGUGGGAGAAGGA